AUCAGUGUAAAUCUAAUGUUUAAUCAUGUUUCUUCUUUCUUUGCACAUUCAGAGUUACAGGUAAGAGUGAGUGACUCUACAGGGGCAUCAGAAGGACAGAUUCCAGUAACGCUGAGCUGCAUCACCUCCUGCACUCUGUCUAACAACCCCACUUACAUCUGGUACAAGAACGGACAGCGUGUUACUGACAAAAUCACCAAACACAACAAGCUCUACCUGAUCAACAAUAAAGAUGUAGGAAACUACUCCUGUGCCGUGAGAGGACGUGAGGAUCUUCGCUCUCCUGAACAACCUGUUACACUUCUAGGAGAAGGAGAAGUAGUGGCAGGUCAACCUUUAGGACCAGAUGAGAAUCAUCACGUUAUUAUCGCAGUAGGAGUACUAGUCUGUCUGUCUCUGAUAAUCAUCGCUGGAGCUCUGUGGAUGUGUCGGAAAAAGUUCCGACCUGUUAAAAGCCCCAGCACCCCUGUUGAUCCCAAGCCCCAGAGUGAACAGUCUCUCUCACAUCAGGAUGACGUUCAUUACUCCAGCAUCCACUUCCUAUCCAGCUCUCAGGGCUCGUCCCUGUCUCCUGGUGGCAGAUUCCCUCGGAGCGCCGCAGAGGAUGAGUGUGUCCAAUACGCCGAGGUGAACAUCAAAAGACCCACGGCUGCCACCUAGUCAGCGGGAUUUACAUCCGGAUUGCUGUGCUCAUGUUGACUGGACUAAAAUGUGAAGAACUGCCAUAUCUGGUGAGAAUGGAAGAAUGAGCACACGUGUUGCUCGAAUAUGUGUCAUUUAUUGUACGUAAUUGCACCUGCGGUGUAGGUGCUCCAAGAAAAUGGACAAAAUAUCAGAGACAGACCAUCACUGCCGAAUGUGUCCAGUUUUUCCCAGGAGAUAUUAAAAUAAAUAAGUGACUAUUGACCUGAAGAAAAGAGUGUAUACUUUUUGUGGAAGCUGUUGAAUAAAAUAUGUAGAUUUUAGAAAUACUAUUUUGUUGAAUAAA